UCUGCACCCAGGCCUGGGUGGAGGGAGAGAACCCGUGCUGGACAGAAGUGCUGCAGAUUACAAUGUUCCAACUGAGCCUUCUGCUGUUUCUCAUUGUGGCCACCAAAGGGUUCAGCGCAGAUGAGGACAGUUCUGCUCCCAAGAAAUGGACCUGCUCAUCCCUGUCCUCAUCUAAGCCCAGAAGCUGCAAGGAAAUCAAAGACAGGUGCCGCAGUGCCCGCGAUGGCCUGUAUUUCCUCCGCACUGAGAACGGUGUUGUCUACCAGACCUUCUGUGACAUGACCACUGCGGGCGGCGGCUGGACCCUGGUGGCCAGUGUGCACGAGAACUUCAUGGCCGGGAAGUGCACGGUGGGUGACCGCUGGUCCAGUCAGCAGGGCAGCAGAGCAGACUACCCUGAGGGGGAUGGAAAUUGGGCCAAUUACAACACCUUUGGGUCUGCAGAGACGGCCACAAGUGAUGACUACAAGAACCCUGGCUACUACGACAUCCAGGCCCUGGACCUGGGCAUCUGGCACGUGCCCAACAACUGCCCCCUGCAGCACUGGAGGAACAGCUCCCUGCUGAGGUACCGCACCAGCAUCGGCUUCUUCCAACACACAGAACAUAAUCUGUUUGGCAUCUACCAGAAAUAUCCAGUGAAGUACGGGACAGGGAAGUGUUGGACUGACAACGGCCCGGCAGUUCCUGUGGUCUAUGACUUUGGUGAUGCCCAGAAAACAGCAUCUUAUUACUCACCUCUCGGCCAGCCGGAAUUCACUGCAGGAUUUGUCCAGUUCAGGGUAUUUAAUAAUGAGAGAGCGGCCAAUGCCUUGUGUGCUGGAAUAAGGGUCACUGGAUGCAACACUGAGCACCACUGCAUUGGUGGAGGAGGAUUCUUCCCAGAGGGCAAUCCCAGACAGUGCGGGGAUUUCUCUGCUUUUGACUGGAAUGGACAUGGAACUCAUACAGGUUUCAGCAGUAGCCGGGAGAUAACUGAGGCAGCCGUACUUUUAUUCUACCGUUGAGAGCUUUGUGGAAGAGGAUCCAGAUGUCUACUCUCAA